CAGAGUGCAGUGGAUCGGGUUGGCAACAAGACGCAGCAGUAGCCUAUAUCCGCAACAUUAACAGAGCGUGGCUAGCUAGCCUAAUUGAGAUUUAGCUAGUUAUUUAAUGUACUGGGUUCUGUUGGGACCAACUCAUUCAUGAACGGACUCUGCGCGAGUGAAGAGCGAACCACCGUGCGCAAAGAUUGACCAACAUCUGUUCCAUUGUUGCCGCGCUGUAGCCUAAUAAUUAUCCACAUUGAGAAGAGUGAUAUGGGACUCUACGCCUUCUACAUUGGAGAUCUGUCUGUUUCUAUUUGCAACAACCAACACAGAUCUUGUUCAGUCUAAUCUCAAGAGGAGGGAGAAUUAAGCAGGAAGUUUGGCCGAAGUCUCUCCCUAUGGAUUUAGCACUUUCUGUGGCGUGAGCCCCUGGAAAGAAGGAGACGGGCGCGCGAGCCUCAUUCUGACGUGAGAACACAAUCUGGUCAGGGUGAAGUGGACUUUGCGCCCCAGCCGGAAGGAUCAGCUCUACCUCCUUCCCUGCCUGCUCACCACCGAGCUGCUGUCCUUCACGUUUUGGUUGUUUUGAAGGAUUUAUAAGUGCAUCUCCGAGGUUUCCACACGGACACACACUGAAGACAAUCACCAAAGACUAAAAAAAGGAUUGGACAGAAACCCAAAUGAGGAUUCCAAUAUUGACCUCGAUCAAAUGGAACUAGGAUAUUCUGGUGCCUAAUCGAACUUUAUGAAGGAUUGAUCAUUACGAGCAAAGAACGAAAUAAAAGCUCACGAGGGCCCUUGAUGAUGUUCUCCUGCCCAAUGGUCCAGUUUUUGGGGUGUGUGUUGAGUUUGCCAAUGCCCGGAAUCGGUGUGUGAGGCCAGGGUUGCCCCUUCAUUCUUUUGCUAUCACACACAUCUGCAAGAUGGUGAAUGUCUACACGGUCUGCAUCGUCAUACUCUGUCUGACUGUUGGACUCCUGGCCAAAGCCAUCGGGUCAGAAGACGGAAAAACAGAAGAUUUGACUGUGUCUCGUCCGCUCAUCCUGCCUGGUUAUCCUGAGAACGCUACGGCGGUUGUGGGGGGACAGGUGAAGCUGCUGUGUAAGGUCCACCGGCCGGCAUUCACCAAGGUCCAGUGGCUGAAAAGAGACGGAGAGCGCCUGGGAGCCGAGGGCCAGCCACAUCUCAGAGCUCUGGAGGCCCUACAGAGCAACAUCUCCAAUGUGAACACUCUGUCUCUGAGCAACGUGUCUCUGGAGGAUGCUGGGGAGUACAUCUGUAUGGCUGAGGCCACCACACACGGUGGACACCAGCGACAGUCCAUGCAGUCUGCCUGGCUACAGGUUCUACCAGGGACCCUGAUCUCUCGUUACCUGGACCAGAGUACGGCCAUUGAAGUCCCAGCAGAUGUCCUGGAGGACCUUAGUCAGGACACCACUGAGCACCUGCUUCUGGAACCGGGUGAUGUCCUCAAGCUGCGCUGUGACACCAACCGGCCGGGGGGUGUGUAUUGGUACAAGGAGGGGACCCGGGUGCUGCACACCGCCCGCAUCCAGAUCCGCGGGGGUGUUAUGGAGAUCACGGACGUGACGUACGAGGAUUCUGGGGUGUAUGCAUGUGUCCUCCGCGGGACCAAGGAGCCCCUGAGGAACUUCACCAUCACUGUAGCAGACUUACUGGGCUCAGGUGAUGAUGAUGAGGACAACGGUCUAGAAGACACAUCGGCUGAGAUUGAAAAUGACCAGGUCUACUUCACAAGAGGUCCCUACUGGACCCACAUCCAGCGCAUGGAGAAGAAGCUGUACGCAGUGCCGGCAGGGAACACGGUCAAGUUCCGCUGCCCGGCCAUGGGUAGCCCUCUGCCCUCCAUCCGCUGGCUGAAGAACGGACGCGAGUUCAGGGGAGAGCACCGCAUCGGAGGCAUCAAGUUGAGACACCAGCACUGGAGCCUGGUGAUGGAGAGUGUGGUGCCUUCAGACCGUGGGAACUACACCUGUCUGGUGGAGAACAAAUACGGCUCUAUCGUACACAGUUACCUUCUGGACGUACUGGAGCGCUCCCCACACAGGCCUAUCCUGCAGGCUGGUCUGCCAGCAAACACUACAGCGGUGGUGGGCACUGAUGUCCAGUUCUUCUGUAAGGUCUACAGCGAUGCCCAGCCCCACAUCCAGUGGCUGAAACACAUUGAGAGGAAUGGCAGCCGCUACGGCCCCGACGGGACUCCCUAUGUUCAGAUACUGAAGACAGGCAGCCUUAACAUGUCGGAGGUGGAAGUUCUCUAUCUGACUAAGGUGACCAUGGAGGAUGCUGGAGAGUACACCUGUCUGGCUGGAAACUCCAUCGGCUUCUCCCAUCAGUCUGCCUGGCUCACCGUCCUCUCAGAGGAGGACGUGGCUGACGAGGUGGACCUAAUGGAGACCAAGUACACUGACAUCAUCAUCUACGCGUCUGGCUUCCUGGCUCUGGUCAUGGCCAUCGUUAUCGUGGUGCUGUGUCGCAUGCAGGUGAACCCCAGCAGAGAGCCCUUCGAUGUCCUCCCUGUCCAGAAACUCUCCAAGUUCCCCCUCCGCAGACAGUACUCUGUGGAGUCUAACUCGUCAGGGAAGUCCAGUGCGUCUCUGAUGAGAGUGGCCCGCCUGUCUUCCAGCUGCUCCCCUAUGCUGGCCGGAGUCAUGGAGUUUGAACUGCCCUACGACCCCGACUGGGAGUUUCCCAGGGAGAAUCUGACUUUAGGGAAGCCACUGGGCGAGGGUUGCUUCGGUCAGGUGGUCAGAGCUGAGGCCUAUGGGCUCAACAAGGACCAUCAGGAGAACAUGUCCACUGUGGCUGUCAAGAUGCUGAAAGAUGAUGCCACAGACAAAGACCUGUCAGAUCUCAUAUCUGAGAUGGAGCUGAUGAAGGUGAUGGACAAGCACAAGAACAUCAUUAACCUCCUGGGGGUGUGCACAGAAGAUGGUCCUCUGUACGUGCUGGUGGAGUAUGCGUCUAAAGGCAGCCUCAGGGAGUACCUGCGGGCCCGCCGGCCCCCUGGCAUGGACUACACCUUUGAUGUGACCAAAGUGCCAGAGGAGCAGCUCACCUUCAAAGACCUGCUGUCCUGUGCCUACCAGGUGGCACGUGGCAUGGAGUACCUGGCCUCCAAAAGGUGCAUCCACAGAGACCUUGCUGCCAGAAACGUCCUCGUCACGGAAGACAACGUCAUGAAAAUCGCAGACUUCGGCCUUGCAAGAGGAGUGCACCAGAUCGACUACUACAAGAAAACCACCAACGGACGUCUGCCAGUGAAGUGGAUGGCGCCAGAGGCCUUGUUCGACAGAGUCUACACACACCAGAGUGAUGUGUGGUCGUUUGGGGUGCUGAUGUGGGAGAUCUUUACCUUGGGGGGCUCGCCGUACCCCGGUAUCCCUGUGGAGGAGCUCUUCAAGCUGCUGAAGGAAGGCCACCGCAUGGACAAACCCUCCAACUGCACACAUGAACUCUACAUGAAGAUGAGGGAGUGCUGGCAUGCCAUGCCCACACAACGACCCACCUUCAAACAGCUGGUGGAGGAGCUGGACAGAGUGCUGCUGUCUAUCUCUGACGAGUACCUGGACCUGUCGACACCUUUCGAACAGUACUCCCCAUCGUGCGAGGACACCUCCAGCUCUUGCUCCUCGGACAAUGAUUCUGUCUUUACCCACGAUGCCCUGUCCACCGACCCCUGUCUGCUGGGUUACCACGACGUGAAUUCUCGGAUUGACCCGAAAACGGCACUGCGGUAGACAGCGGCUCCAACGGGAGUACUCUGUCUCAAAGGGCAUUACAUGGAGAAGUUUACUUUGGAAAACGACCAUGUUGCAUUAAAAGCGGUACUUGGACUGUCUGCUCUGGCACUGUGUCCAAGAACAGUAUCUCAAACCUUGGCACUACAGAACCCUGGUCAUCUAAAAUGGCUGCCUCUUCUUAUCAGGUUUGGGGGUUUACAGUAAAAUGACUCUUGUUUGGGUCUCUACAGAGAGGAUGGACAAUGGUCAUCUUGUACUCAAACUCAUCUUAGCUAGCAUCCGAACAGUAUCCAAACUGGGCUUUUAAAACAGAAAAAUAUGUUUUAACAUAAAAGAUUUAUUUUGAUAUUGAAAAAAAACAGAGAAGCUGAUUGUUAAAUAUAAAUCUCUCUAUAUAUAAGAUUAUUUUACAUUUUGCUAUUUAAAAUUGUCUUAAAUCUCAGGAGCUCUUGUGUUAAAAAGUUGCUGUAGAGGCAGCAAAGUGCCAGAUGUUUUUUCUUCCUGUGAAUAUAUUAAAAUAUUUUAUGUACAUAUCAUAAAAAAGACAAUUACCUUUUAUAAAUUAUUCUAAAUGAUACAAAAAUGAAGGUGUUCAACUGAGGUGAAGAAAGAAAUAAUGUAUUCAAGUGUUUUAACGGCCAAAAUGUCCUCGCAAUUCUCGUUCCAUUUCAUCAAAACACCUUCAGUCCCCUGUUUGUACGCUGCUCUGGCCUUUGUAUGGCAUCCAGGCCAAUCGUCAAAGCCCUCAGAACCCCCAAUCCCUUAUGCUUUCAAUUGUUGCAAACAUAAACUAACUAUAAGAACAGUAUGGUCUGGGGGUCUGGGCCCUGAAAGAGAAGAAUACAAUUCAACACAAGACACUGGGGGAACAGGGGGAGCAGCCCAGCUUCUACUGUCAGUGCUGUAUGAAAAGAAAAGGACUGGACCUGAAGGUCUGAAUGUGAAAGGCCCAGUGUGAUUGAUUUUGAAUCCUCCUCUUUUGUUUCCCCUGUAACCCUUUAACCAGGCCCAGUGUGUUCGUAGCGGUACAGGCUGAGGCCGGGCCUUGACAAUAGGGUAUUUGGCAGUCCUGAUGGGUGUGACUGUGGGGACACUGUGGGGACAGGGAGGGUAGGGUGAUCCGGGGGGUAGCCUCAGCCUGUCUGCACCUCAGCCUGGGCCUGUUUGCAAAUGAAGACUCCCUUAUUAUGAUAAUGCCUGGCUCCCACUGAUACUCAUCUUUAUUCUGCUACCAUCUUUUAAUAUACAGUACCAGUCAAAGGUUUGGACACACCUACUCAUUCCAGGGUUUUCAUUAUUUUUACUAUUUUCUACA